GCAGGCAGGAAGGAGGGAGAAAGCUCCAGCUGCUGCUGACCCAGACGUAGACCCAACCUGCACGCACUCAGCCCGCUCCAGACAGCACCAUGCGGGGCCUGAGCGUGGCUCUGUGGCUCCUCGUAGCCCUGCGCACGGCACUCGGCGGGGCGGAGGUGCGGUGGUGCACCACCUCAGACCCGGAGCAGCAGAAAUGCAGCGACAUGAGCCAGGCCUUCCAGAGAGCCGGGAUCCAGCCCUCCCUCCUGUGCAUCCAGGGCACCUCAGCUGACCACUGCGUCCAGCUCAUCACGGCUGGGGAAGCUGAAGCCAUCACUUUGGACGGAGGAGCCAUUUACGAGGCAGGGAAGGAGCACGGCCUGAAGCCCGUGGUGGGUGAAGUGUAUGAUCAAGAUGUUGGUACCUCCUAUUACGCUGUAGCUGUGGUCAAGAGGAGCUCUAACCUGACCAUCAACACCCUGAAGGGCAUGAAGUCCUGCCACACGGGCAUCAACAGGACAGUGGGCUGGAACGUGCCCGUGGGCUACCUGGUGGAGAGCGGCAGGCUCUCCGUGAUGGGCUGUGACGUGCUGCGAGCUGUCAGCGAGUAUUUUGGGGGCAGCUGUGUCCCCGGAGCAGGAGAGACCAGUUACUCCAAGUCCCUGUGUCGCCUCUGCCGGGGCAACGCGGCUGGGGAGGGGGUAUGUGACAAGAGCCCCCUGGAGAGAUACUUCGACUACAGCGGGGCCUUCCGGUGCCUGGCAGAAGGGGCAGGGGACGUGGCCUUUGUGAAGCACAGCACUGUGCUGGAGAACACUGACGGAAACACCCUGCCCUCCUGGGGCCAGGCGCUGCUGUCGCAGGACUUCAAACUGCUGUGCCCCGAUGGCAGCCAGGCUGACGUCACUGAAUGGAGACGGUGUCACCUGGCCCAGGUGCCCGCUCAUGCUGUGGUGGUCCGCGCUGACACGGACGGAGGCCUCAUUUUCCAGCUGCUCAGUGAAGGCCAGCGUCUGUUCAGCCAUGAGAACAGGAGUUUCCAGAUGUUCAGCUCUGAGGCCUAUGGCCAGAAGAACCUGCUAUUCAAAGAUGCCACGUCUGAGCUGGUGCCCAUCGCCACACAGACCUACGAGGCAUGGCUGGGCCCUGAGUACCUGCGUGCCAUGAAGGGUUUCCUCUGUGACUCGAACAGGCUGCCGCACUACCUGCACUGGUGUGUGCUGUCCACUCCUGAGAUCCAGAAGUGUGGGGACAUGGCUGUGGCCUUCAGCAGGCAGGGGCUCAGGCCGGAGAUCCAGUGUGUGUCAGCCGAGUCCCCCCAGCACUGCAUGGAACGCAUCCAGGCUGGGCAAAUUGACGCUGUGACCCUCAGGGGCGAAGACAUCUACACAGCAGGGAAGACGUACGGCCUGGUUCCAGCGGCUGGGGAGCAGUACGCUCCAGAGGACGGGAGCCACUCGUACUUCGUGGUGGCCGUGGUGAAGCGGAACAGCUCCUACGCCUUCACCCUGAACGAGCUGCGGGGCAAGCGCUCCUGCCACUCGGCCUUUGGCAGCCCUGCCGGCUGGGACAUCCCUGUGGGCACCCUCGUGCGGAGGGGCUUCAUCCAGCCCAAGGACUGCGACGUCCUCACAGCGGUGAGCGACUUCUUCAACUCCAGUUGCGUGCCCGUGAACAACCCCAAGUACUACCCCUCUUCGCUGUGUGCACUGUGUGUGGGGGACAAGCAGGGCCGCCACAAGUGUGUGGGCAACAGCCAGGAGAGGUACUUUGGCUACAGCGGCGCCUUCAGGUGCCUGGUUGAGAAUGCAGGGGAUGUCGCCUUUGUCAAGCACACAACCGUCUUUGACAACACAAAUGGCCACAGCUCGGAGCCAUGGGCUGCUGCACUCAGGUCGGAGGACUAUGAGCUGCUGUGUCCCAGUGGGGCCCGGGCCGAGGUGUUUCAGUUUGAAGACUGCAACCUGGCCCAGGUACCGUCCCGAGCCAUCAUGGUUCGGCCGGACACCAACACCUUUGCCGUGUAUGGACUGCUGGACAAGGCCCAAGACCUGUUUGGAGAUGACCACAAUAAGAAUGGUUUCAAAAUGUUCGACUCCUCUGACUAUCAUGGUCAAGAUCUGCUUUUCAAGGAUGCCACAGUCCGGGUGGAGCCUGUGGGGGAGAAAACCACGUACCUGGACUGGCUGGGCCCCGACUACGUGGCGGCCCUGGAAGGGAUGCUGUCCCAGCAGUGCUCGGGUGCAGCGGCCGCCCCCUGCAGGGCGCCCCCGCUCCUGCCGCUGCUCCCGCUGGCCCUCUCGGCCAGCCUCCUGCAGCCCUCCCUCUGAAGCAGCUCUGGGCGAGCCUCACCCUGCCUUGGAAUGGAAACCUACUCGGAAAUCUCUAGAAAUACGGCUGUUCUCCUCGGUAAAUCCAGCUGACACGGAAAAUCAUGUGAUGGGAGAGGAAAUGUGAGACACCGCGGAGCUCCUCAGAGCUGUGAUCCCGGCACUGAAGCUUCUGCGAUUGCUUCAAAGUGGAAUAAAAAUGAUGUUAAAGAAAAGCCCCCUAACCCAGAGCUGGAGGUGAGCAGGUCUGUCUCGCUGGAAUCCAGCCUCUGCCUCCCGGGCGCCACUUGUCACUUUGCCACCUGGGGGCGUUGGCCAGCCUCCCAGUCACGGCCCACCCACAGGCUGGCACUUCUUCCCUGCAAAUCUGCAGGCUCCCACCACCUGGGGCCUCAUCAGGCUUGGGUUUGGAAAAGGCCAGUUACCAAGGAAACAGGCUGAGCCUGGACUUCCCACGUGUCCCUCUCUGCUGGCGCCGCCCAGAGGGCCCCUCCCCUGCGGGUUCCCACUUCCCCUGUACAGACGGGAUGCUUCAGCUCCCAUCGGCCCCCACUCUGUCCGUCCUCCCUCCCGAGGACACUGCGUCUUUCCACAAAGGCAUCCACUGGAUGAGGCUACAGCCAGGCUCCCCAGAGAGGCCAAGCUGCUGGGCACACACAGCCCCUCAUUCGUGUCUUCCGUGGCUUGGUGCGGCCCAGCCCACAGGACGCGGCCCAGCCCACAGGACGCCUGACUGUGCCGGGCUGGCGAGGGCCGGGAGGCCAGGGCAGGACCGUUGGGAUGGAACGUUCAAGGGCUCCUUAGACAAAGGAAAUGCUUCUUCAUAAGAACUUUUAAGGGGUGUAGGGCUUGACACAGGGUUGGGAAGUCUAAAAUUCUGCCUAAACGUCUGUCUGUUGCAGGGAGGGCAGGCCUCAGAACCAGACACGCUGUGGCCCUGCCAUUCCGUGCAUUCAUCUGCCCCAGACCGUGUCCCCGGGUUAAGUCCAGUCAGUAGGAGUCCCCACUCCUGCAUUUCCUCCUCUUAAGCUCCACGUUGCCCCUUUCCCUUACCCCCAGUGUGACGCCCACCACUCCUGUACAUCUGGUGGCAGCAGGUGCCUCCAAACUGAAGGGCUCGGCCUCCAGGCUCUAAGCCCUGGAGCAGGAGGUGGCGGAGAGCUUGGGGCACUACGAGGACCUCUAAAGAGUUGGAAAUGGAAGGAUGCCGUUUUCUUUGUCGGAGGAGCCGGGUCAGGUGCUGAGGAGCUCCGUGUCCUCGCAGUGUGACCGGGGCAUCUCCCGGCCCAGACCUGCGCCAAGUGGACCUGAGGUUCCCUCCAGAGGAAGGGUCCCUCCUCCCACCUGCUGUGAGAGUCAGUGGGAAGUGCUUGUAGAGGGUCCUCUCUCUACUCCAGGUAUUGCCAUGGUUGUCUCAGGAGCCAGAAGUUUCCAGAACUGCCAGAUCUCACUCUGAAGUUUGCUCCUUGGAAAAAGCAAAGAGAGAGAAGAAACAGGAGCCAGCCACCCUCGUCAGCAAGCCAGGUGCUGCGUGGGCCUGGAGCUAUUUACAUCUCAGUGCGCAGGGGCCUCGGGGACACUGCCCCCCACCUGUGGGCGUUGGGACAGAUCCCUUCCAUCUCUCAGCAGCAAAGGAGGCCUCUGACCACAUUCUGGCCAUAGUCAUACCUUCCUGGCAGGGCUCUUCGCCAUUCUGGGGGGUGCCCUCACCCCCUGCGAGGGCUCGGCAGGAGCCAGCCUCUGCUAUCCAGCUUUGUACCCUCUUCACUGAGGGGAGCGAAUGAGUCUUCUCAGACCUGAUGGUUGCAUAAUUUUUUUAAGAGAGAUGUGUGCAGUGGGACGUGUACUUCAGCGUGGCCCCCCUGGGUUAGUACGCCACCUGGCGUGUGACACCUGCAUUGUGAGCCACCCAAGGUGUCACCUGUGUGAGUGCUGUGUGACGUUUGGUUGUCAGCUAGCCACCACUGUGUUAGUGCUCAUGAAACAAGUUGGCUGGGUUUUUUUUGUUGUUUUUUUUUUUUUCAAUAAAGCC